GCGGUUGGGGCUGGAGAGUGCAACCUCCCUUGGGCGCAUAACAGUUGCGGAGCAACAGUUGAGGCUGGGCCUGAGGAACAGGCCUGAGGAGCCGGCGUAGUUUGUGCGCAGGCGAAGGACUUGCGCCUUGGGCGUCCGUGUAUGUGGCAAAGCGAAGGCCUUUCCGAAGGCUGGAGCAAGCCAUGAGGCCAUAAUCCAGAAUCCAUGCCAUAAAUGAGAGGUUGGGCCUCGGAUUGAGGCCCUAGGAAGCAUGGGCUUCUCACAGGGCCUUACCAAGACAUUUUGCGGCCUGAGGCGGAGGACAAGAUGGCGCCCUUCCCCAAGGAGGUCCACGUGUGCAAGUCGCAGCAAGAAUCGAUCCAGUCUGCAGAGGUGCUGAGCGUCCUGCUGGCGUCGAGAGGCGUGCGGGCCCGCUCCAUCCACGAACAGCUUGACGGCUUGUCUCUGUCCACCAUCUACUGCCUGCUGGCCUCUCUGAUGCAGUGCCUGAGCCUGGCCAGCCUCUGUGUGGCCGUUUCCCUGCUCAAGUGGGUGGCCGUGGUUCAAUAUCCGUACACCAGGCAGCCGAAGCGGUGGGUGACGUACAAUUUCGGGGUGCCUGACGUGAUGGAAGUGUACGAGACACAGCAACCCAACGGCACAGACAUUCCGGAUGUUCAUUUCUUUCCCAACACUGCUUUCGUGCCGUGGUUUAUCAGCAUUUGUUUCGUGGGCAUGUUCUUGGGCUUUGCAGCUUUUCUCCUGGAUUUCAUGGAAAUUGAGAUCCUAGGCAAGCAUAAAACAGCCGUUGCUACUUCCCUGCACGUUUUGUCAGGCAUCUUCCUUGUAAUCCUCAUUGGAAUCUGUUGCUGGUGUUUUGUGACGGUUAACGAACGGAUCUACAGGGAUGAUCUGAUGAACGCCGAGUUGCUCAGUUUCCUAGGAGAGAGUUUUUAUAUCGCCCUGCUGUCCCUUGCCUUCGCGAGCUUAGCUAGCACGCUAAGCUUUCUGGCGAUGAAGCUCAGCAGACAAGAAUAGCGUCAGCGCAGCCGAAAACGGCAGAGAGAAGCCCACAACCUGCUGCACAAUCUAAACACCCUGCCAAUGGUCUGGUUUGGAUGCAGCACUCCCUGGUUCAGGAACCAUGGUUUGUGAAGCCUGAAACAAAGGUGAAAACUAUGAAUUCACCCCUACCCUCAUGUGGAAAGUCCUGGUUUGUUUUAAGUUCCAAAGGGGGAACUCUGGUUUGCUGUUAGUGUACUAGCUAGGAUAUUAAGCCAUGGCUGUCAACCAGAGUUGUGUGUAGUGGGGAAUUCUGGUUUAAAGAAAACCUGCCAGAGCAGGAGAUGAGGAGCAAGAGAUUCCCAGCUCUUGUACCUAGCUGUUGUUUAUGAAGGUGAGAAGAUUGCAUCCAAAUCGGCCCAUCCUUGUGACCACCAACCAAAUCACACAGCUUUUCAAUAAAUGUUGGCAAAUAAACGUAGGCAAGAAACAA